UAACGUAUGUUAACCGUGUGUUUGCCUGUGUGUGUGUAGUCAUGUCACCCCACCAACGCCAACAUGUUGAAUGUUCACCUGGUCCCACACACCCACGAUGAUGUCGGCUGGCUCAAGACCGUAGACCAGUACUUUUAUGGAGCUCGUAAUGACAUUCAACAUGCUGGGGUGCAGUACAUCCUGGACUCUGUGGUGGACCAGCUGCUGAAGAACCCGGACAGGAGGUUCAUCUACGUGGAGACGGCCUUCUUCUACCGCUGGUGGAAACAGCAGAGCUCCAGUAUGCAGGAGACGGUCAAACAGUUAGUAAACGAAGGUCGUUUAGAGUUUGUGAACGGCGGCUGGUGUAUGAGCGACGAGGCCACCACUCACUACAGCGCCGUCAUCGACCAGAUGACCAUGGGACUGAGGUUCCUGAAUGAAACCUUCGGUCCUUGUGGACGCCCUCGUGUGGCUUGGCACAUUGACCCUUUCGGUCACGCUCGUGAACACGCUUCAAUGUUUGCACAGAUGGGAUAUGACGGCUUCUUCUUCGGUCGUCUUGACUACCAGGAUCGGGCUAGAAGAAUGAUUGACAGGGAGCAGGAGCUCCUGUGGAGAGCGUCCGACAGUCUCACUCCACCUGUGGCUGACCUCUUCACUGGAAUUCUUCCCAAUGGUUACAACCCACCUGAAGGUUUCUGCUGGGAUCAGUCCUGCGAUGAUCCGCCCAUUCGAGACGACCCUGAUCUUGAGGACUAUAAUGUCGAUGAAGUGGUGCAUCGUUUCCUUAUCAUUGCAAAGAGUCAGGCCAUGGUGUAUAAGACCAACCACAUCAUCAUGACCAUGGGCUCAGACUUCCAGUAUGAGAAUGCCAACCUGUGGUACAAGAACCUGGACAAACUGAUCCACUACGUCAACGCCAGACAGGCUAAUGGCAGCACAGUCAACGUGCUCUAUUCCACCCCCUCCUGUUACCUACAAGAACUGCACCGUGCAAACCUCACCUGGUAAACUACU